AUGGCUAAGCUCAACAAUAUGGCCUGGGUGCCCAGAUCAUCCGAAAUGGUGACUGUUCUGCUGAUUUUGGUGUCAAGCAUUACUUCAACGACGAUGGGAUUUGAUUCAUCCAUGAUGAACGCUUUAAAUAGUCUCCCCUCCUACAAAAACUAUUUCCAUCUGACUACUUCAACUCUUUCUCUCAACACAUCUGCCACAUGGGUCGGAGGUGGUAUCGUCAGUCUGUUCUACGGCAAAGUUACAGACUUGAUCGGUCGAAAGAAGGCACUGGCUUUGGCUGCGGUAUUCACCGUUUGCACGGCAGUCUUACAAGCUGCUGCCCAGAAUGUCGGAAUGUUCAUUGCCGCCCGUAUUUUGCUAGGCAUGGGAAUGGGAGCUUCUGCAAUUGCUGGUCCCACAUAUCUUGCUGAAACGCUGUCUUUGAAAUGGAGAGGUCUCGGCUUGGGAAUUUUCUACACAUUUUACUACGUCGGGGGUCUUUUAAGUUCAGCCAUAACUUACAAAACCGCGCAGUAUGACUCCACUUGGGCGUGGCGGCUCCCUUCAGCCUUGCAGGGAGUUUUCAGCUUGAUCAGCCUGGUGAUUAUUCCAUUUGUUCCAGAUUCGCCUCGAUGGUUGAUAUACAAAGAUCGCCGAGAUGAAGCCCUCGAAGUCAUUGCACUUACUACCGCAAACGGGAAUAAGGAGGAUCAAGUUGUACUUGCCCAGUACGAAGAGAUCAUUGAAACCAUGGAGUUUGAAAAGUAUAAUGGUGAGACUGUUUCGCUGCUUACAAUGAUUAAGACAAAGUCCAGCAGACGUAGGAUGAUGCUCGCCCUUUCAGUGGCAGUAUGUGCCAUUCUUUCUGGCAAUAAUAUUGUUUCCUACUAUCUUUCAAUCAUGCUGGACAAUGCCGGUAUCAAGGAUUCGAACACUCAGUUGCAAAUUAAUGUCGUUCUCAACGUCUGGUGUCUAGUGAUUGCUGUUAUUGGCACAUUCCUAAGCGACCGCAUUGGACGCAAACCGUUGGCCAUUAUCAGCACCACCCUUCUCACAAUUUUCCUCUUCUGCGUUGGUGCUUUGACAAAAGUUUACGGAACUUCGAACAACGAGAGUGGUGUUUAUGGGACUGUUGCUGCAAUCUUCCUGUUCCAAGGAGCGUUCAGCUUUGGCUGGACUCCGUUGACUGUUCUCUACCCCCCUGAAGUACUCAACUACGCGAUAAGAGCGAACGGAAUGGGAGUCUAUAACUUAUUGACCAAGGGGUGUGGACUUCUUACAACAUUCGCUUUCCCUUAUGCACUAGACGCUAUAGGAUGGAAAACCUACAUGAUUAACGGCGCAUGGGAUGUUCUUGAGCUCGCCUUUGUUAUAUUUUUCUGGGUGGAGACGAAGGGAAAGACACUUGAAGAGAUAGAUGAGGUGAUGAACGGCCAGGCAAAUGGCAAUGACAUUGGACCUAAGGAUACGAGUGCUUCCUUGAGCCCUGAGGUGUCUAAAGCCUAG